UCGGCCUUAGAUGUCACAGUACAUUCGUUCAACCAUAUUCGUUCAAAAUGAACCACAUUUAUCAAAUCUCAAAGAGUGACUUCGUGAGUAACUGGAUCCAAAAGCACUUUGGGGACCAGAAUGGAUCUUUCAAUAGAAGUACUGACCAUGUUGGCGGCGGGAUUCAAUUCAAUAAUCGACCUUUGCAAUCCAGUAACGAAGAUAAGUCUUACACCGAUAAUAAUAUCAUUGACAUUUCAGAAGAUAGCUGUGAGCACGAUGAAUGGGUGGAAGAUAUCAUAACAAUCGAAGAUGAUGAAGAGCUUGAUAGUACCAGGUGGAUGGAAGAAUUCGUUGACGUGGAAGACCGCAGCGAUAUUACUAUAAGCCACAUCGACGGGAACACCCUCAAUGAUGAUGAAGAACGUGAUAGUACCAGGUGGAUCGAAGAUUUCGUUGACGUGGAAGACCGCAGCGAAAAUACUCUAAGCCACAUCGAGGGGAACAGCCUCAAUGAUGAUGAUGAGGCAAGUAGAGAGGAGGACGAGGACCAUAUCUAUAUGAGUAACGAGGCCAAUCAGGACGAGGAGUCCAGCAACCAGAGCGAGCUCUACUACUAUGCGGACUUGGAAUACGAAGCCACCUCUGAGAAUGAAAGCAACAACUUCAAUAGCAAUGAAAGCGUGAAUUCAGGCAAUCAAAGCGAGUACAGCCCGGAAAACGAAAACAACUUGGCAAAUUUGACCAACGACAAUGAGAAGAACUCCAUGAACGAGAACUCGAGUAACGAGAAUACGUACAAUCAAAACUCAAACAUUCAAAGCGAUUACGACACGGAGAACGAGUUCGACUGGGAGCUCGUGACUCUUGCUGAGUACUGGAGCAAAUGGAAGACUAAUUGCUAAUUGGAAGACUAAUUGGAGACUAACCUAGAUAUUCUUUACAGAUGAAAUGCUGAUGAAGCAUUUCUCCAAAUAAACAAUUCUGACUGGAAUCAGAAUGGCAGCGACUAGCAUUAUGACCCGGAGUGAUCUCGACUCUUGCAAUAAUCUCCAUGAACACAUUGAUUGAUAGGAAACGAUGCUGCAGAAGACUCUGGGCAUUAGCUACAAUGAUCAAUCCCAUAAAUAGAACACUCUCCUGAAGCAGACAGGCAUCAUCAGCUACAAUGAUGAAGACCUCACAAAAGCAGACGCCUAUUAGUUACCAUGAUGGUUCUCACAAACAUAAGUAUACUGUACCAAACCAGACACUCAUUAGCUACAAUAACUAUUAUCAUAAAUGGAAGACUGCACCAAAAUAACAAACUGUGUUUAUAUAGAUGUAUAGCUUCGUAAAGGCCGCAA